UGUGGGGAGGAAUUGCAAACAAAAGAAACCGCGAACGGAAUACACUCAGUUAACUUUCAAGAGAAGCGCUACUGACAUGGACUUGAAGCUGCUGUUUACCCUGUGCCUGUGUGCUCUGUGCUCUCUAGUGGAGGCUAAACUAAAGGAAGGAGAUUGUGAAGUGUGUAUUGGAUUCCUGACCAAGGUUGGCAAGAGCUUGCAGGAGCAGGGCAAGGACCCACUGGCCAUCGGGAAGAAAUCUCUGGAGGUUGAACUGAUUAAAGAAUGCAAGAAAGCCAAGGACAAAGACGAGAGAUUUUGCUACUACAUUGGAGCAUCAGACAUAGCUGCCACCAAACUCAUCAAUGAGGUCACAAAGCCAUUGUCCUAUGGUAUGCCACCUGAGAAGAUCUGUGAGAAGUUGAAGGGAAAAGAUGGAGAAAUUUGUGACUUGAAAUAUGACAAGGAGAUUGACUUCAAGAAUGUAGACCUGAAAAAGAUGCGAGUCAAACAGCUCAAGAAGAUCCUCAUUAAUUGGGGGGAGGACUGUCGAGGUUGUGCAGAGAAAACGGACUUUAUUAACAAGAUAGAGACUGUUAUGCAUCAACACGUUGAACUGUGAUGACUGUUGAUUACUAGGGUCCAUCUCUUUCGUGUAUGUAUGUAUGUUCAUAAAAUUUCAUUAUUAUCGACUGAGUUGUUGUUAAUCACUGGCAGUUAUUUUAACAUGACAAUUAAUUAUUAUCACUGACAA